AUGCAAAAAAAUGUCUUAAUUCCUGCUAAUCCAGUUACUUUUUUCGCAAUUGUCACCCAGAGGUCUCUACGAUCACCAACGAAUGUUUUCUUAGCAGCAUUAUCUGUGGUGGACUUCUUUGUUGGAGUAUUCUGCGUUGGACAAAACGCCAUUCAUUUAUCCUAUAUCAACGAAGGUACUUGGCCAUUAGGAAGUCAAGCCUGCAAAAUUUACAUUUAUUUUAUCCAUAUGCUUCCAAGCGUCAGUGCUGGACUUUUGGUGUUAUUAUCGUUAGAAAGGAUGAUCGCAGUAAAGUUUCCAAUGAUUGCGAGUAAGAUUUUAAAAUAUUCAAUAACUAUUCCGAGUACAUUGUUAGUAUGGCUAUGCGCUGGUAUAUCGAAUUUUCCUUUCUAUAUUGGUGCCAGAUUUAAACAGUACAACAAUUAUUUUUCGGGAUGUUUUCCUGAAGAUGCAAAUCCGUUCAAUCGCGGUGUUUUAGUGUUCAACAUAUUCGCUUGGUUUAUUAUCCCUUGUAUCUUCCUAGCAAUUGCUAACACCUGGACAGCAAUAACGAUAUGCGCUAGUAUUAAGAAGGGUACUGUUGCACGGUCAACCAGUACUUCAAAGUCAAACCAUAGUUCGAAGACGUUUUUCGCUGGAAGAUUUUGUUUUCCGCGACGUAAAAAAAUUCGAACACGAAUUUAUCACGGUACAAUUGAUGAACGAAGGCGAGUGGGCUAUAUUCAGAUUGCUAUUUUUAUUAUAUUUGUGUGUUUGCAGUCACCGCGAAGAAUGUACCUGUUGUACAGGAAUUUUUUUGAUCAAGCGCCUGUAAAGUCGAUUAACGGGUUUGUUGCAAAAAUUCAUCCACUAACCUUUUUAAUGCAGUUUGCAGUAAGUGCUAUAAAUCCAUUAAUAUAUGGUUUUUUAUCACGUCGUUUUCGGCAGGCAAUUUUAUCAAUGCUGUGCUGUCAUAAAGAUCGUGAACGGAGGCGGCAACAAGUUUGUCAGAACGCUUAUCGCCACGCAAGUAAACAGGAAAGUGCAAGUUUUCAUACAAAGCAUCCGUUGUUAACAGAUGUUCGGUUGGAUCGUAAAAGUCCUGUGUUAAAUUUCCGGAAUGGUAAUCAGAUAAAUUCUGCUGAAGAAACUCUUUUAUAA